AUGGAUGAGCUUGACCCGCCACUGUGUGUCAUUGCCAGACUUGCGGACUGGUUUCCCCCCUCGUCUGGUAUACAGUGCGAGUCACACAGAUCAGAGCCACCCAACGCCGACAGGAGGCUUUGUGGUGCAGCUGAUACAGCAGACAUAGAGUUUAUAGAGUUCAGUCCUCAGAGAAGACAGUUUAGUUUGAACCUAGAAGAUCAGUCUUCCAACCAGACAAAUGAUGCUAUGUCAGCGGAAGAGUAUUUCGGACAAGAUGACAUCCAGUUGGCCAUUGAAGAAAUUUCUUUGUACUUGUAUUGCUUUAGGUUGCUGAGCAAAGCUGUUGCUGAGGCUUCCUUGUGUGGCCCUGAGGGAAACAUGAUCUUUGUCCAUGAUGGUGAAAAGCUUGAGCGCAUGACAUCUGAAAUGUAUGGUAAAUUGACAGCAUACAAUGUCCUUAAUGGUGGACCAGGCCUACCGAUGAUCAACACCAUCCUGUACUCCUUCAUGACUGAUCAGGGCAUAAAACCCCAUGUAGACAUUCUUACGCUUUCCCAGACUGAGGAAAUUUCUCGCAUGAAGGAGGUUUGUAAUUUAUUCCAUGCUGAAAUUAACCAACUUGUUAAUGGACUGGAUAAAGUGGGUUCGUUGCAAAAGGAGAUCCUCCAUGCAUUUGAAGCAUUUUCUAGUCUGUUUGUUACGAAAGACCGGUAG